AUGGCAGAUAGAACAUUUAGAGUAGAAUAUGCAAAGACUGCAAGAUCAUCUUGCAAGUCGACCGAUUGCAAAGCAAAUAUACCAAAGGAUACGGUUAGAAUAGCAAAGAUGUAUCCAUCGAAUAGAUUCGAUGACGAUGGUGUUGCAACUGAUUACUUUCAUUCUGAAUGUUUCUUUAGAGCACAAGGUAGAGCAAGAAAGACAUCAAAAAGAGCAGAAGAUAUUGAAGAUUUAGAAGGUUUUGAAGAAUUGGAAAAGAAAGAUCAAGCUGAAAUUAAAGAUCUACUUUAUAAACAAAAAAAUGGUCUACUAAAAAAGAAAGGACCAAAGAAGUUUGCAGCAACAAAUUCUAAAAAGAAGGGUGAUAGUACUAGUGGUGAUAAGAAAUCAUCAUCAUCAUCAUCAUCAAAAGCUACUGUUAAAAAGACUUACAAUUUCGAUGACGAUGAAUUAUUUGAUGACUCUGAUGAUAAUAAUCAUCAUACUUCUUCCAAAAAGAAAUCUACACCACCAAAGGACAAGGAUGAUCAUAAACCAACCAAACCUUCAUUGACUCCACAAAACUUGGACAUUAAAUCUGUUUUAUCAAAAUCUUGGUUACAAGGAUUAGGUGGAGAAAAGUGUGCUGAUACUCUUGGAUUAAAUGAAUUUUUAGGAAAGAAUAGAAAUUCAAAAUAUUUACCAGAUAAUAGAUAUGUAUUUUCAUCAUUGAAUGCAGUUGGGUCACCAAUCAAUUGUAAAGUUGUAUUUUUAGGACAGAAUCCAAUUGCAAAGCGAUCUAGCGCAAGUGGAUAUGCAUUUUGUGAUCAACAAUCAAAUUCAUGGAAAUUGGAUGGACGCAAGACUGUCAUUAACCUUGUACGUGCUGCUCUGAUGUACAAGGGUGUCAUUACAAAGGACGACGAUAUUGACACUGUCAGAGGUGUCCUCAGAGAGGUUGAUCUACCAACAGACAGUGCGCGUGAGUGGUUCAAGGUCGUCGCCAGACAAGGUGUCUUGUGGCUCAACACUCAACUCACAGUCACCGAAGACGACGAAGAUGACAAAAAGCCACACGAACAAUUCUGGCGUCCUGUCAUUGAAGAAAUCAUCCGUACCAUCUUUUCAACUAAAAUCGAUGCUGAAGAUGUCAAAGGUGUUGUUUUUGUAAUUGGUGGUAAACAUUCUCAUAAUUGGAAAUCAAUUAUUGAAACUAUACAAUCUGAAUCAAUGGGAGUUAUACCAAUUGAAAUAUUGGAAACACCAAACCCAAUUUUAGAAACAUUCCUCAGUUCAAAUGUUUUAAAACAGAUUAAUGAUAGUUUAAAGAGUAUGGAUAAUUCUUUGAUCGAUUGGUUACCUCCUUCACAUGACGAUGACGAUGAAGAAGAUGAAGACGAUCAUGUAGAUGAAAAUCAAGAAGAAGAACAAUCAACUAUUAAAUUAGAAUCAAAAUCAACAAAAAGUAAUAGUCAACAACAAACUUCAUCUCCAUCAACUACAUCAACGACUACUACAACUACAACUUCAAACAAUAGUCAUAGUAGUAAUGAUGGUGGUGAUAAAUUAAUAGUAGCAAAUUUAAUUAAAGAAGAUGGUACAAAGAUUCCAUUAUAUGAUGGAGUAGAAACAGAAUUGGGUAGAACUGUUUUAGGAAUUAUGGAUCUAGCUAUUAGUAGAAGACAAGCACUCAUUACUGCAAAGAUUGUUGGUGCUCGAACUAUUAUCGAAAUUGUAAAGUUGGGUAUCAACCAUUUAUACAUCAAGGAAAAUGGAUCAGACGAUUAUUCAACCGUACCAUUUGAUACUCCUGCACAAUUGGCCGAUGGUGAUGUCAUUAGUUUCUCUAAUAGAAAAUAUGCUUUAAUUGUUGAAACUAUUAAAAAUAUCAACUCAAAUAAUAAUACAACAAGUAACAAUAAUAAUAAUAGUAAAUCAAACAAGACUGAUAGUAGUAGUAGUGACAACAAGAAAAAUAAUGAUAAUGAAAAGAAAAAUAAUGAAAAGAAGAAUAAUAAUAUUUCACUUGGAACAAUUGGAAAAAAGAAAUAUAAUUUUGAUGAUGAUGAAGAAUUUGCUAGAAAGUUACAAGAUGAAGAGAACGAGUUGGCAGCAAAGGAAGAGAAAAAGGAAGAUAAAAAGAGAAAAUCAACCACCAAAGCACCAGCCAAAAAACAAGUCAAAAAGAAAAAGAAAGAUGAAGAUGAAUACGACUAUGACGAUGAUUUCAUUGAUGAAGAUGAUUAUCUAGAAGACGAAGGAUCAGAUGAAGAUUAUGUUCCACCUAAAGAUCAAGAUGACGACGAUGAUGAUUUUGAUUCAGACUUUGAACCACCCAAGACUAGAUCAUCAAGUAAACCAAAAUAUUCCGAUGAUACACUAUCAUUGUAUGAUACAUGUAAAGGAACGAGAAAGAAAAGAUUGAUAGAAUUGGAUCAUGCCUAUUUUGACCCAGACUUUAAACCUCUGUUGGCAUUACUCAAUUGCUACAGAGAGAUUACGGUACAUCGCAGUCGGUACUCUUACUUUUUAAAGGUACUGUCUCGUUAUUCAGAGCAAGAGGAUAUGGGUCCUCGUCUACGAUCAAUCGUCAUUCGAAAUGAUAUCGAUAUCUUGUCGGUUGCCCAACUCGAGCAGUUAGAACCACUCGUAUUCCCACAAGAUAUAGAAGAACUGUCCAUUAAAGGCAAUGUGUUGAUCAAUACCAAACAACAAGACUAUCCAUCGACCAUCACCACUUUUAGAUUCUCGUUGGAUUCUCAAUGCAACGAACUUGUAAUUCCAGCGUCGACCAUUUAUCUUCGCCUCAACACUAGUUUCUUUUCGUACAAAGAUUGUGUCAUCCCACCAUUAGUCAAGGAAUUGACGCUGCUACAGUGUAAUGAUAAAAUGCCAACACCCAAAUUCUACCCGCUGUCUCUGACCACGCUCAACCUCCGUUACAAAUUACCAAGGGUCUCGUUUAGCAGUGCAGAGUUAAAUCAAGCGUCGAAUAUCACCAAAUUGACGUUCUGUCAAAACUCUAUAUGUUAUAGUGAUCAAUUUGUACCUGGUGACUUUCCACCCAAUCUUGAAUACCUCGAGAUGCCCUAUGACUUUAACAGACCACUUGGUCAAGGUUUGUUUCCUCCAACUCUGACCUAUCUGUCGUUUGGAUACUUUUUCAACAAAUCAAUUACGGUAGACGUGCUUCCCAACGCGCUGCAAGUGUUAAAGUUUGGGUCUAGAUUCGAUAGUAAAAUAGAAGUUCUUCCAUUUGACCUAAAACAACUAUCUUUUGGAACAUGGUUCAACCAACCUAUUUCAAAAAAUCUUUUACCAUUUGGUUUACAACAUCUUACUUUUGGACAUUUGUUUAACCAUUCAUUAGACUCUACUAUUCUACCACUGUCACUUGUCUAUUUGGAUGUUGGAGAUACUUAUGAUCAUCCAAUCACCUCUACAACUUUUGCUAAAGAUUCCCAAUUAGAGACUCUAAUCCUUGGAACUGCGUUUGCAUCGACCAUUGAAGAUUCAUCUCUACCACCUAGUUUAAAGUAUCUAACCAUUGGUUCAUCGUUUGACAAGGAUUUAACCUACACUAAUAUCCCAUCUACUCUUGUACAAUUAAAAUUAAUAGGUUCUAAACCUUCUACAUUAAAUAUUCACAAUACAAUCCAACUUGCUCAUAAAAAAAAUAACAAAUAA